UUGCAUCUCAGGAGAACUUGUGAGGCUUCCUCAUCAUCAUGGCUAGUAUGCAGUCUGGAAAAGAAGAAAGAAUCAGGUAUGUGAAGGGAGACCUUUUUACCUCUCCUGGAACAGAUUCCUUGGCUCACUGCAUCAGUGAAGAUUGCCACAUGAGCGCUGGCAUAGCUGCCAUUUUUAAGAAAAAGUUUGGUGGUGUUCAGGAACUCUUGAACCAGCGAAAAGCAACUGGGGAGGUUGCUGUUCUGAAGAGGGAAAACCGAUAUGUGUACUAUCUGAUUACAAAAAACAAAUACUUUCACAAGCCUACAUAUGACAAUCUACGCAACAGUUUAGAAGCUAUGAAAAUCCAUUGCCUGAAGAAUGGUGUAACUUGCAUCGCUAUGCCCAGGAUUGGGUGUGGACUUGAUUGCCUGGAUUGGAGUAAAGUUUCAUUAAUGCUUGAAGAUGUAUUUGAGGAUACAGAUGUUAAAAUCACAGUUUAUACCCUUUAAGGUAGCAUUCUUGAAACAAUUGUGUUAUCUUUCCAUUUGUUGUAAUUUGUGUUUGUAACUGAUUUGGUAUAAAAUGGUGGGCUGAUCAUAACUAUGUUUUCUUCC